GUGCUAAAACAAGAGUCUCCCCAAAAGUCCAAUUUUCCUAUAAAAUGCCAAUAUGAAUCGGCCCAUCACAGCCUUUUCACUCUCCUCACGGGAACAAAAAUCAAAUCGCAUCGGAAAUGGCGAUUAAUCAAACCUUGCUACCACUUCUAGCCUUCUUGGUACUAUUCCAAAUACUCAUAGACCAGAGUUCGGCGGCGGCGGCGCCUCCAACGGCACCCCUGUCGGCGGCAGCAAGUGAGUAUCUAGAAGCCCACAACAGAGCAAGGGCGGAGGUGGGGGUGGAGCCACUGCAAUGGAGCCAAAAUCUGGCGAAUCUUACAGAUCGACUGGUACGAUUCCAACGCAACCAAAAGGGGUGUGGGUUCGCUGAGCUGAGCGGCAGCCGGUACGGCGGAAACCAGAUGUGGGCAAGGGGACAGAUACUGACGCCGCGGGCGGCUGUGGAGGGAUGGGUUAAAGAGAAGGCGUUUUACAAUCACACGAGCAACACGUGCGUGGGGGAUCACCACUGCGGGGUUUAUACUCAGGUGGUUUGGCGGAAGUCGGCGGAGGUGGGCUGUGCUCAGGCCACAUGCCGGAAGGAAGGGAUUAGUUUGACCAUUUGCUUCUAUAACCCGCCGGGCAACGUCGUCGGUGAAAGUCCUUAUUAGAUAAUGAUCAACCCUUUUCUUUUUGCGUUUUUAAAUGUGAAAGUAAGUUAAAGGAUGAACUUGUUGGAAUGUAAUCUGACGUCGUUUAAUAAAUGCUUUGUUGAAUUUUCUACUUUACUCUCCAUAGCUAGUGUUGGUUGUACUUAAAAUCGUGUGGUAUCUAUCUCAAAAAUAAAUAAAUGAAUAAAAUGGUUUGGUAUGAA